AUGACAAGCAGAUUUGAGAAAUGUGUUAAGAAAAAGUUGGUGAAGGCAAAUAAAUGCUUGUUUGUAAUUCGAAAGCUGAGGAAUGAAGGAUACAGUCAAGACGAAUUAGAUCUUCUUUUUAGGUCAUUGGUCCUGUCACAACUUACCUAUGGCUUAUCAGUCAUUGCUGCAUCACCACCGGAGUUAACAACUAUUCAAAACUUCUUAACUCGUUGUUAUAAAAGAAGAUACACAUCAGAACAAAUAGAUAUUAAUACUCUGUUAGAGCAGACAGAUAGAAUUCGAAAGCUGUUUGAAAAGCUGUGUAAACAAAACAAUCAUCCGUUAAGAGAAAUUUGUCCAAAAAUUAAAGAAUAUACAGUUAAACUUAGAACACAAGAGGCACAGUGGUCAAGCAUUUCUACCGAGCGUUUUAAAAAUAGUUUCAUCAAUAGAUGUAUUUUUAGAUAUAAUUUAGCUUUGCAAUUAUAA